UAAAGAUGCUAGUUGAAGGUGUUGAUGUAAUUUUAAAAUAACAUUACAUUUAGAAAAGUUUUCAUUUAAAAGAAUUGCCUAAUCUUACUAACCGACUGUCAUCUUUGUGAAAACUAAAACUAAAAAAAAUUUACACUACAGAUUUUUGAUAGUUCGAUCACUUAGUAUAUUUAUGAUUUUUUCUUUAGCUGAAACUUGAUUUGUUGUAUUUGGUUGUAAAACGUUAUCAUACGCAGGAUAAACAUGAGCAUGUGUUGUUAUGAAAAUUCUAAAAUCAGUUGUAUGAGUCGUAAACAACUUCAUAAGCGGACGACCUAUUAACUGUAGUUUUACCUAUAACAGCCAGCAAGCAAUUAAAACUAAAAACAUGACAUUUUGUUUCACAGUAACACAAUAUAAUGGUGUGUAUCAUGAAACAAGGAGGAAGAAAUUACGAACAUUGUUAUAUAUCUGAAGUCAGUAAUAAAGAGCAUGCAAGAACAGUGUCCUCUUUGGAAGAUGUGAGUUGGUACCACGGAGACAUAACUAGACAUGUUGCUGAAACAUUAUUACUGGGGAAUGGUAUAGAAGGAACGUAUUUACUUCGUUUAAGUAAAAAACAAUCAGGAUAUGCUGUUUCAGUUAGGUGUCACGACUCCAUCCGCCAUUAUGUUGUGCAACACGACAAAGUAGCAGAUAUUUAUGUGUUUGGAAUUGCAACGUUCUAUUCACUGCAGGAGCUUCUUGAUCAUUUUGCUUCGAUACCUGUUGUUAGCAAUGAGACAGAUGUUCCAGUUGUAUUACGUCAUCCUUAUCAUAAGAACGUGAAUGAACCUCACUCUUACUCUGAUGUUUCGCGACAUGGUGAAAUCGGGAAUGAUGUCAAUUUAGGUUCAGAAAGCACGCCAGACCUUAGUGUUGCUACGAAGGAAGGUUUUCUUAUCAAACGUGGUGGCAUACAUAAGAACUGGAAAAAACGUUGGUUUACUAUUCAGAAAAAUGAGCUCAAAUAUUUUGAUAACAGAAAGUCCUUAAAGCCAAUCAAGUCACUUGAUUUGAAAGAAGCCAUUGAAGUCGCUGAAGAUUAUUGUGAUAAUAGAAAAAAUUGUUUUCGAUUAAGGUUUCCAACAAGAACGUAUUAUCUUGUGGCUGAAACUCCUGCAGAUGUUAAAUCAUGGAUCGACUUCUUUCAGUGGAAAAUUGAUUAUUACAACAACCAAGCACCUUGAAAUUAAACUGGUGAACACUCCUCAUAUGAUUAUUUAUAUCUAUUUAAUGAUAUUCUAACUUUAAAUAGGUCAAUUCCAAACCCCGUUCUUUCACUGUUUGCAUUGCUUCUAGGGUAGCUAACAACCUGAAACAUGAGAAACCUGGGAAAGUCAGGAAAUUUUGAAAUUACAUCUAAAUGUCAGGAAAUUUUGUUGCAUAAUAUUUAACCCUCAAUUAUAUGAGUGCAUGGAAAAUUUGGUUUAUUUGGUGUUUAGUAGGAAAAUUUGGUCAAUUUUAAAUAGAAAUUUCAGAACUUUUAUUUGGGUAACGGAAAUUGGCUGUCCUUAUAAUUAUCCUUAUAAUUUUUAUCAAUACUCUGGUGAUCUCCCUUUUCUGCGGCGUAUUAUUUCUUCCAAUACAAUGUAAAUAUGAAUUAUAUUUUUAUGUGAUUUUGUAGCCAUUUGUUUUGUAGAUAGUUUUUAAAUAUAUUUUGUAAAUUUUGCUUUGAUGGUUUCUUUUUUAAAGUGUUUUUCAUGGAUAAAAAAUAGGCGAUAAUUAGAUUUCA